GAGAGUCAAGUUUUAAUGGCUUUUUGCAGCAUUCAACAUUGUGGACGCAUCCUGGAAGCAAUUCAUCUCAGCACAGAAACCGUUUACAGUGGUUAACAGAGCAUCAUGUCCCAGGCGACCAAGCGCAAACAUGUGGUCAAAGAAGUGUUAGAGGAAUAUGUGGUUCCUUCAGAGAGACAGCAGAUUGUCCGGGUGCUGGGGACCCCAGGAAACAACCUCCAUGAAGUGGAGACCCCUGAGAGGACGCGGUUCCUGGUCAGCAUGCCCACCAAGUUCCGUAAGAACAUUUGGAUCAAGAGAGGAGAUUUCUUACUGGUUGAUCCCAUCGAAGAAGGCGAGAAAGUGAAAGCAGAAAUCAGUUUUGUCCUCUACAAGGACCACGUUCGGUACCUUAAGAAGGAAGGAUAUUGGCCUGAUGCUUUCUUGGGGGAUGUAAAAGGAACUCGAAGCAAUACUAAAGAAAGUAGAGAGGGGUUAGAAAGCACCCCUCAGUCUUCUGGGGAACAGGAUUCUGAAGAUGAUGACACUGACUUGUUUGUGAACACAAACCGAAUAACCUACGACUUUAUGGAGAGCGAGGAGAGCAGCGACUCGGAGGAAGAAGAAAAAUAACAACCAGUCUUACAGAGCAGAUCAAGCCAGCCUGACAUCCUGGUCUAACCCAGAAGGAACGUGGCUCGGAUCUCAGCCAAAGUGAGCGUGGACUACUAGAUGUGGUCUCUUUAGGGCAGGG